UAUUUUGCCUCUGUGAAUCAUGGGAAUCGUAGGAAAAUAUGGAGAUGUUAGCUAUGUCAUGGCUGCCUUGAGUUUGAGACUUAAAAAUACUGAAGAGAUGACUACUUACCACUAAUCUAAAGGUUACUGACAACAUGAACUCUCCCUUUUCUACCUAGCUAUGUGAGAAAUUGAAAAGAGCAAUCUCCACAUUUUAAUUUCAGCAAUGGCAAAAAGUAGUGGUGAAACUCAGCUACAGAGGAUUAUAUGGGAUAUGCAGGAUGCUGUGACAGAACUGAACAAAGAUUUUUUAGAAGCAGGAGAACCAAUCACAGAUGACUGUAUAAUCUUGCACAAGUUUUCUUAUAAGCUUGAGUACCUCUUGCAGUUUGAUCAGAAGGAAAAAUCCACUUUACUAGGCAAUCCGAAGGACUACUGGGAUUAUUUUUGUGACUGUCUGGGUAAGGUAAAAGGUGCAAAUGAUGGGAUUCGCUUUGUCAAAUCUAUUUCAGAACUCCGCACUUCUCUUGGUAAAGGCAGGGCAUUUAUUCGCUACUCCUUAGUGCACCAAAGGCUUGCAGACACGUUACAACAGUGUUUUAUGAAUACCAAAGUAACAAGUGACUGGUACUAUGCAAGAAGUCCCUUCCUCAAUCCAAAACUGAGUUCUGAUAUUGUUGGUCACCUCUAUGAAUUAACUGAAAUUCAAUUUGAUUUGGCAUCAAGAGGUUAUGAUUUAGAUGCUGGUUGGCCCACAUUUGCCAGGAGAACGUUGUGGUCACUUGGCUCCUCAGCUUACCUAUGGAAGCCUCUAAGCCACAGUUCAAGCAUGAGCAGUUUGGUGAGCAGUUCUGUGCAGGCUCCAGAGAACCUUUCUAGCCCAAAUGAGAAUAGCUUAUUUAAUACUGAAUCUCUUGAAAGCCUAGAUGGUUUGCACAUGGAUCUUGACCAGGCAAAGCUGCAGCAGAAGGAACUACAGGAUAGAAUCCAGCAUCUGGAAGAAGAAAAGCAAGAGCUUCAGGUCACCAUUGGCCUUCAGAAGCAGCAAGUGCAAAUGGAAAGAGAGAAGAACAGCAAUAUAGCAGAAGAGAAUGACAGGCUAAGAAAAAUGCUAAGGGAGUUAGAAAAACAGAUUUCCCAUUAUACUCAGGGCACCAUUCAGGAGUUCCAGAAAUGUUUAGAGACACUAGAACUGAAUGCAACUGAGAAGCAGAAAGAAUGCUCUGCAAAGCUUGAGAACCUGGAGUCCUCGAAAAAUGCCCCUGAUUCCAAAAUCUUUCUUUUGAAUCAAGAGGUAAAAGCCAUGGAAAUCAGGUUGGCCAGGAAAGAUCUCUUGAUUGAUGAACUUACUGCUAAACUAAAGUCAGCAGAGAAGAAAACUGAGGAGCUUGCAGCAAAAGCAAAUAGUCUUAUGGAUGAAAAAACUCACCAGGCCAUCAGUCAAUAUGAGUCUGUACUAAAGGUUGAGGGGUUAUUUAAAAAGCUUUGUUGGACAGAAGAGGAGAAGGCUGAUGCUCAGAAACUGUAUAGUGAACUUCUUUCUCAUCUUAAAAUUAUGGAACAGCAACUCUAUCUGAAAGAAGAGAAACAGAAAGAAUUUGAAAUGAAACUGAAAAGCCUUACCAUUAGCACUAAGGAAGAAUCUGAAAAAUUGCUUAUUAAUCUGGAAGCCAUGACUACUGAAAUGGCUGAAAUUCAGAAAGAGCUAACAGUGAAAGACAAAAUGGUAAUUGAUUUUCAAAUCCAGCUGGCAGAUAUACUGGAUUAUGUAAAAUCAUUAGAGCAAAAGCUUCAGGAAGAAAAAAAACAAAAGGCAGAAUCUGAGAGGCUACUAAGUCAUACAAAAACAACAAUGGGACAAGAAAUAAAAAAUUUAAUGGAGCAUCUUGAAUUGCUGGAAGCGCAGCUGGCAAAACUCAAUGACAUGGUGAAAAAUUUAGAAGAGCAAAAAGGGGAAGUUGUUAAGGAAAGAGACUAUCUCAAGACAAGCAUAUUGGAAAUGGAACACCAGAUCACGAAACAAUGCUCCUCAUUCAGAAAUUCUUUUGAAGAGAAUGAAAAUCUCAAAUCCCAGAAUACAAAACAGCAGCAAACCUAUCAGAAGUUGGAGGAAAAGUGCAGAGAGUUAGAUAUAUCUAAAUCAUUUUUAGAAGGAGAAGUUGCUCGAUUAAGAGCCUCUGAGAAACAAUUCCAGAGUCAGAUAGAUAAUGCCAUGGUAUCUGUGGAUGAAAAGGAGAAAAUACUUCAAGAAAAGAACACACUGUUGGAUAAAAAUUUGCAAAAUGCUACAAGACAGAACCAGCUUUUUGAUGAAAAAUUGAAGGCUCUGGAAGAUGAUUACCAAAAAUUGAAACAAAAUGAAAAUAGGAUUGCAGAAAUCUUAAGUGUAGUCCAAGAAGAGCUCCAGAAUGCCAAAGAACAUAAUGUGCAAAUGGAAAAGGAUCUGUCUUCUUCAAGGCAGAAUGAAGAAUCUCUAAAGUUACAAGUCACAGAGAAAAUUGAGUUACUAGAAGGCCUAAAGAGCCAAUGCAGUCAACUUCAAGAAUACGCUGAGGGGUAUAGAAUUAAAAUUGAAAGCCUUGAGAAAAAUGGCCAUCAUCAAGCAAAAAUAAUUGAAUCUCUUACUUCUGAAAAGAUUUCUGUAGAGAAAGCCCAAAUGGAAUUAGUAUCUUAUGAAAAGAAUGAAGCUAAAAAUUUGACAUUAAGACUGGCUGUUUCUGAGGAACAGCUGAAUAUCAGUUGGGCAGAGAUAUCUAGACUCCAGAAAGAAAUUAAAGAGUUUCAAGCCAAGCUUCAGCAGGCAGCUGUAGAGAAACAAAAGCUUCAGGGCAAAUUGGAUGUCACUGAAUCUGUUUUAAGUGAGCAAAAAUUAUUGUCUCAGCAGCUGAAACAGCAAAAUGAAAUAUUGAACAGAAACCAUAUGCAGCAGCUACUUCAAUGUAAAGAAGAAGAGGAAAUGGAGAAAAAGGAAUGGAAAAAAGUAGCUCAACAGAAAGCUGAACUGGAAAAGAAUGUGGUGUGCCUGACAAAGGAAUUAUCCACAGUAAGGAGUGAUUUGGAAGUUGUUAAUAUGGAAAACAUGGAAAUCAAAGACCAUCUCCAAAGAACCAACAUGGACAUGGCUGAGCUGGGUAUUCAGAUUUGCUGUCUGACAUCUGAAAAGACAGAAAUGGAAGAGAAGCUCUCCCAAGUCACAGAGGAGCUCAGAGCUAUCAAAGAAAAAUCAAUCAACGAACAAGACAGGAUGCAAGUUGAGCUGACAAGUUUCAGGAAGGAGAAACAGGAAUUACAAGAGAGACUGGAAGAUUCAAAUAAUUGUGCUGCCAUUGUACCUGACCUGCAAACUCAGCUGGAAUUGACAGAGAAACAAACCAAAAGUUUGCAAGAAACCAGCAAAGAAGAGAUAGCUACUAUCAAAUUUCAACUGAGCACAGAAAUUCUAAACUAUCAGACAAAAUUUAAGGCUCUCAGUGAAGAAUGUGAUAAAUUAAAGGAACAACUUGUAGAACAAAACCAACAAGCAAAUGCUGCAGAAGUGGCACUCAAGGAAAUGCAGGCUGUGAAAAGAGACCUGUGUGCAAAAUUGAACCUUUCCAUGGAUGAAGUGACUGAGUACAAAGCAACCCAACAAAAAAAAGAAGAAGAAAUUGCAGAACUUAAAGAAGAUCUUAAAAGAGCCCAGGCCGAAGUCAGCAGAACAAAUGAACAAAUUCAAGACUACUGUGGUAAAUUCAACAACAUGAAAUCAGAACGAGACAACAAUGAGGCCAAGUUACUGGUUGAACUGGAUGAUCUAACUAGAACAAAGCAGUUCCUGGAAGAAAAGUUAAUUGAACUUCUCAGGGACAAGGAUGCUCUUUGGCAGAAAUCAGAUGCUCUGGAAUUCCAGCAGAAACUCACAGCAGAACAAAGAUGGGUUGGUGAUGCCGAAAUCACCAGUUGCUUGGAAUGUCAAAAAGAAUUUGGCUGGAUGAAUCACCGACAUCAUUGCAGAAUGUGUGGACGUAUUUUCUGCUAUUACUGCUGCAACAAUUAUGCCUUUUCAAAGCAAACUGGAAAGAAAGAACGCUGUUGUCGAGCUUGUUUAAAAAAAGUAACUGCCAAUCCCAUUGAUUCUGAAUUAAACUUGACACCAGAAGGAUCAUCUUCAUCAUCAAGUCUGUUAGCCUCAGCAUUGUCCCUGGUCCACAAAAUUUUGGUUACAAACGAGGCCACUAAGUCCACAGAUGAUACACUGUUUGAUAUAAUAACAGAAGAAGAAGUAGGUCGAAUACAGGAAUGUGAUUCUGUUCACAGCAAAAAUCGAACUGAAGAAUCUUUGGACCAUGGUGUGCCUGAUCUAAACAGCACCUAUAGCUCCUCAAUUGUUGAUGAAUCUGAGGAUUUGGAAAUUACCCAAGAUGCAGAGAUUUGUUUGCUGAAGUCAGGAGAAUUGAUGCUAAAGCUGCCUCUCACAGUGGAGGAAAUUUUAAAGUUUGGAGAAGGUACCAGAGAACUAUUUAUUAAGUCAAAUACUUACAGCAUUAUUCCAAUCACUGUAGAUGAAACUGGCCUUACAAUAAGUUGGGUGUUUUCAUCAAACCCAAAGAGCGUAUCAUUCAGUGUCGUGUUCAAGCAAUCAGAAGAAACCUCUCUGGAUCAAUGCAAAGUUCUUAUUCCCAUGACUCGCUGCAAUUCUCAUAAGGAAACUAUCAGAGGGAAUGUAAAAAUACGAAAUGCUGGAAUUUACAUACUUAUUUUUGACAACACUUUUUCUAGGUUUAUCUCAAAAAAAGUAUUUUUCCACCUAUCUGUUCAACGACCAGUGAUUUAUGAUGGAAGUGAUUUUCCAUAGUUCUUCCUGUAUGAAAUAUCUUGCAAGAAACACUGUUAUUUUUGUAUGAGUGCAUGUGUGCACAUCCAUAUGUGUAACUGUGUGUGUGUGUCUAUGCACAGACACACACGCGCAUAGAUAUGAAGCACUAAAAUCACAGAAGGAUAUAAAUCCUCCAUGUUUUAUGCAAUAAUUCAGAAACCAUACUUAAAUAUAUAUGCAUGCAGAAAAAAGCACAGCUUUUAUGAGGGCAAUAAUGAUACUAAACUGUGUGCCAGUUAUUCAAAAGCCAUUUUGUUUAUUAAACAGACAAUAUAGUUAUAUUCUGCUUCAUUUGAUACCAAAAAUGAUUCUAAAUACACUUUAUUAAGGAGAUAAGAAUAGGAAAUUUAUUUUUCAAUUUAGAAGAUUUAACGUAUGUAUAAUACUAAUUAUUGUUGGUUAUAUUGAGUCAGCAUCAGACAGACAGAUAGAAAAUCAAUUUUGCAUAAACAUUAAUACUGAUAAAUUAACUUCCCAGGUAAGUAAGUUACAGUUUAGGAUCUCAGAAUCUGAAGGAAUACCUUAAAUUUUCAGAUUUUAAGCAAUUAUAGUUUUAUUAUUUCAUAUAGUACAUGAAAGUUUUUAUCAAUUUGGUCCUCCUACAUGCUUCAUAUGACCCUCAUUAAUGAAAAUGCUUAUUUUUGCUUGUAUUCAUACUUUUCAUUUAAAGAGCUGUUCUCCACACCAUCAUAUGCAUCUUGGCAAUACUCUUACCAAAUUAAAUUCUCGUGCAGCCUUAUUCUUCAUUAGUAGUUGCUAAUAUAUAAUAUAUUUAUAUUUCUUUUUCUUGUACCAUAUCCAUCAUUGAAUACUGGCGAUCAUGAGUGAGUGUGUUUGUAUUAACCUGAUAGUCAUAUGAGUAGCAUGUUUGCGAAGGAUAAUUAAUAUAAAUGAAAUUACUGCUGCUCAGACAUAGACUUUACAAGGUUUGAAUAUUUCCUCUUGAAGAUGCUGAACACAGGCUUAAAGGAAAAUUUGAAACAAGGAGCAGAAAAUGCACUUAGUUAAGCAAUACUUUACUCCAGCCUUUUCCAAUUAAUGUUGAGUAUUAUGAAUUUCUGAUUCCCAGACAUAACACUUAGAUUUCCCAAUAUCUACUAAGAGUAGUCUUUUUAAAAAAAUAAUAAUUAGUAUUUAUGAUGGAGAUCAAAGGUAGAUUUUUGACUCCUCAAUUGGCAGAAAAGGUGCUAAACUAUGUAGUUGGAUGUAACAUAGAGUUACAUUGUUAUUAUGCCAUCCACUAGAACUUUUAUCUGGCAGAAACACCAUCAUUCUAGAAAUUAUUCUUUUCUUUUGCACUCUGUACGAAUUAGCUUGAACUUUAAGUUCAGCCAGUUUAAAACUAGGAUAUGAACAAUAUGGCUUACUUACUGCUUGAUAUUAUUACAGAAUACUCUGUAGGUCUAGUUAAUCGAUUUAGCAAUGUAAUGCAGAUAGUCUGAUAAUGAUUUACAAUUCUCUCAGUGCUUGUAUAAUCCCAAACAGACCUGUGAGUUGUCUGAUAUGGUUAAAAAAUUCUGAUAACUUAGAAGCAAAAUUAAAUAUAUUGUGGAUUGUCCAUUCUUUGGUUGAAUGUUAUUAUGUGUUAAAAGCAUAUUUAAUUUUGAGUUGAGAAGCAAUAAGAAUUGAAUGCUAAAAUCUGGGGUGUUGUUUGCCGUGGAUUUUGCAAUAUCAAAUGGAUUUGGAACUAAAAUUCCAUAAUAUAUUAAUGAUGGACAUUCUCAGUCUAUUUUUCUGUAGAAAUUUAAUAGAAUAUUUACUUUUUCCAAAAAUAGGUUUCUUUCAUAUAUAAAAGUAACAUGAAAAGGAUGCUCAAAUAUACAGAUGUAUUAUUUUAAAUAUAUAUUAUUGAUGAAGAUA